CUUUAAAUCGUAUGGUUUCAGGUGGAUACCGACAUUUGCCACUUCUUGAUGACUCUGAUGAUAUAAUAGGAUUACUUGAUAUUACCGAAUGUUUAUUCCAUGCUCUUGCAAGGCUUGAAAAAGCCCAUGCAUCAACAAAACAGUUAUUUGCUGUUUUAGAAGAUGUUUCGGACAUUAAUUCUUUAAAUAAAGCUGAUUUUUCCACCAUGGCUGCACUUAUAAAACAACAUCUAUGUUUUCCCCGACUAAGUUCUAUUAUAGAUCCAUCAAAACCUCCACCAGAAGUUUCUAUUAGAACGUGUGUGCGAGAUGCUGCACGAAUUAUGAAGGAUCAUCAUCAGACUGCAGUCUUGGUUGUUGAUGAUAAUAAUCAUAAUAAAACACUGGGUAUUUUUACAACAAAAGACAUAGUAACUAGAGUCUAUGGUCAAGGUGUUGAACCAAACAACACUUCAAUUGUAAGAGUGAUGACUCCUUGCCCGGAUAUGGUAACAACUGAUACUACUAUCCUGCAAGCCCUGCGUCAAAUGCAAGAUGAACGUUAUCAACAUCUACCUGUAAUCAACGGUAAAAAAAUCAUUGUUGGGAUGGUUGACGUUUUACAACUCACUUAUUCCACAUUAAAUACUUUGAGGACAUUAAAUGGUGAACAGGUGGAAGGUGGUCCGGUCUGGAACAAAUUUUGGAAUACACUAACACCUGAAGAUCCUAAAUCCGAAGGUUCAUCAGAUCCUCCCAUGAAUGAAACUUUUCACUCGGCAAAUUCUAUAGAUCUUCCAAUAAUAAAACAAAGACCUCAUUCCUCAAUUUUAACUCCACCUUCGUCAGAAAGUGUUUUUUCACGUAGAAAUUCCAAUUAUUACAAGCUAGAUGACGGUCAAUUUAUAUACAAGUGUAAAUACGAUGGAUCUGAACAGUCUCAUCGAUUCACUUCUAAUACCCCAAGCUUUACUGAAUUGAGCAAAUUAGUUCGGUCAAAGAUGAAUAUUUCCGAAAAUGCUGAUAUAGCCAUCAGCUAUAUCGACGAAGAAAAUGAUAAAGUUAUACUAUCUUCUGAUGAAGAUAUGGCAAUCGCUAUGGAAAUUGCAAAAAGUCAAAGUCAAAAAUCUCCAUUGAUUCGACUGUGUGUCGAAGUAAAAUCCGGAGAAUUGAAAGUUCCUCGUUCUGUUGGAAAUGGUAAAAUACCUUCCACAAACAUAACCACAGAAUCACAAUUUCCUAUUUCAGAAAGUACAGCUGUGACGAUUGGAGGUUUUCUUUCCAUUGGAGUUGCCAUUGGCGUUGGUGUAAUGUGGGCAGCUAAAUCAAAAUGA